AUCAUUGUUGAUGGCACAAUCUGCCAUGAACAUAUCUCAGUUUACCCUCAUGUUUCUUGUCAUUUCCUUCUUUUCUAAUCCCCAAGUUUUACUUUGGAUUGAGAUAUAGUAAUAUACUCUACAAAAGCUGUGAUCUGGUUUUCUUCUUUUAAGGAAUUGCAAAAAGCACAACCUUUUAACCAAAGGCUUCAAAAGGGGUGGGUUAGUCUUUUUGUGAGACUAGUCAAAGAAGAAAAGAAAAAGGUCUUAUGAGCUUCAUAGAUUGUCAAACAGCAGUACAGCAGAAACAAACCCUCGUGUAGUCAUGCUCACGUCUGUACCAUUGUGGUUGAAAGUUACAUUUACUGACUCAUAUAAAAAGGUAUAAUGAGUUUCUGGGUUUGUGGUAGAUGUAACUGAGAACCCAUUUGGUUUUUGAACCACAAAACUUGAUCAGCUUUCCAAAACUUGUCUCUGUGAGAAGUCCCAUUCCAUCAGAUUGGAGAUUCUGCUGCUUGUAACUUGUACAGUAUUAAGCCAAUUCUGACAACUGACAAUGCAUGAAAUAAAGUGGCGCUAUUCUGGUUUCAUGCAAUGCAAGUUCAUGGACCCUAUAGUUUCAGUUUCAAGUCACAAGCGUUCCAACAGUGACCCAAUGAAAAGGAGAGUCAUGGAAGAAGAAUCAGAGAACAACAGUGAAACCUGUUAUACGUCUAAAGUGGAACUGGGAGAUCUAAAGCAAAGCAUAGAAUCCAAGAAGAGGCAGUACCACAAUAUGGAUCUUCAAAGUUCUUUGACUCUAGAGAUUCUACAGCUUCAAAAACGAUUACAGCAACAAUUUGUGAUACGCCGUGCAUUAGAGAAAGCAUGUUAUCUUCCUUUCUCACAGGAUGCUAUAGUAGAAAAUUCAAUCCCCAAGGCUGCAAGGGAACUGAUUAAGGAUAUUGGAAAAUUAGAAUUAGAAAUCAUGUAUUUGGAACAGUAUCUCCUCUCUUUGUAUCGGAAAAUAUUCAAUCAACAAAUUUCAACCAAGGGAAGAAGAUUGGAAUUAGCUACAGACAUCAACAAAGGAACUUUUACAGAACCUAACAACUGUGCUAUCUCUGACAAAGAAAUUUCAGUUCUGCACUCUAGUCAUCUAAUUUCACCCAGAAGUUCAGCUAGCCAUCAUCAGCUCAAGGAAUGCAGUAACCAGUUAGAACCAGAAUCUGUUUUAGACUCUAGUAUUCAUAGGUGUUACUCUGCAUUAUCUCAACAAACUGCUUUCUCAAUUGAAGCUUCUCCUGGGAAAAUUAAGACGAAAGCUUUAGAAUGUUAUCAUUCUCUACCAUUAUCCAUGCUAGAGCAUGCUGAGUGUACUAAAUCCAAUUCAACCAGCCUGGCUGAACAUUUUGGGAGCUUCUAUGUUGAUAGUGUUCAAGAGACGCCAAAUUGGUUAUCUGAGGAGAUUAUUAAGUGUAUAUCAGCUAUAUAUUGUGAACUUACAGAGCCGCCUUUAAAUGUUUCAUCCCCUAGUCCAUGCUCCUCACCUGGUUAUGAGGUACCUUCACAGAGGCAGGGUAGUAAGUGGGGAUCACAGUGGAAGAAGCAUUCAUUCUUCAAUUUAAACUCCAGCAACUCUUUCCAUGUCAAAGGGUCAAAAGAAUUUAGGGGACCUUAUUGCUCAAUGAUGAGGAUUCAGCAAUUAUGUACAGAUAAUCAAAAAUUAAAAGAAAUCGAGUACAUGCUACGCAGAUUUAGAACAUUAGUUUCUCGGCUGGAAGAAGUUAAUCCUAGAAACAUGAAGCAUGAAGAAAAGCUAGCUUUUUGGAUUAAUGUGCACAAUGCUUUAGCAAUGCAUGCCUUACUAGUAUACGGAAUUUCAGCCAACAAUGUCAAAAGAAUGUCUUCAGUACUUAAGGCUGCAUAUAACAUAGGGGGUCAUACUAUAAGUAUAGACAUGAUACAGAACUUCAUUCUGGGAUGCAGAUCGCCUCGUCCAGGACAAUGGCUGCGGCUGUGGUUUCCUUCAAAGACAAAAUCAAAGGUUAGAGAUGCAAGCAAAGGUUAUGCUAUACGUCGUUCAGAACCCUUAUUACUAUUUGCUCUUUGCUCAGGAAGCCAUUCUGAUCCUGCGGUACGUUUGUAUACAGCCAAGAGAGUCUUGGAGGAGCUAGAAUCUGCGAAAGAAGAAUAUAUUCAGUCCACACUCACUAUAACCAAGGGACAUAAAAUAAUUCUCCCAAAAAUAGUUGAUUCCUUCGCGAAAAACUCAGGUCUAGGAGCAUCUGCUUUGUUGGGGAUGGUUAUGCCUUAUCUACCUGAUUCUCAAAGGAACAGCAUUCAAGAGUGUCAAUCAAAUACAAGCUGGAAAGGCGUUGAAUUAACCCCUCAUGACUUCAAUUUUCAUUACCUUCUUUCAAAGGAAUUAGCUUAGUAACGGGAUUCUCACGAAUUUGUGUGAAUAGAACUAGUGCCAGUGCAUCCAUAUUUGUAGAAGAUUUCUAUUUGCUGCAAAGUAAAAGGUGUGACGGAGCGUGACUGGUGAAUAUAAUUUUCCUCCUUAUAUCUAUGAAAUUAUUAAA